AUGUAAUCAAUUUUAGUUACAGGAGGUUUGGGAUAUAUCGGAUCAAUCACGAUAACUGAAUUGUAUAAAGCUAUUGGAAAAUACUACAAAGUAUAUAUAAUGCUUAGUUUUAGAUAAUAAUUUUGGAUAAUUUGAGUAAUAGCAAUAUCUAAGUUUUGGAUACUAUUACUAGUAUAAUAGGCGAAAAGCUAGAUUUGUACAUUGUAGACAUUCAGAAUUAAACUGAAUUGAAAGAAGUCUUUAAGAAAUACAAAGAGACGAAUCCAAUAAAUUAUAUUAUUCACUUUGCAGCAUUAAAGGCUGUCGGGGAAUCUGUUGAAAACCCCAUAAAAUAUUAUUAAAAUAACGUUGUCGGCACUUUGAAUCUAUUAAAUUGCGCUGAAGAAUAUAAAUGCUAGAAUUUUUUAUUCAGUUCUUCAGCAACAGUUUAUGCUCCUGGUGAAUUCGUAGAUGAGGAGGCUCCAUUUAAACCUUCAAAUCCGUAUGGUGAAACAAAAGUAGUAAUUGAAUAUUUGAUCAGAUCCUUAUCAAAGAAAGGAGGUAGGUAUCUUUGUUUAAGAUAUUUUAAUCCAGUUGGAGCAACCAAGGAUGGUAAGCUUGGAGAGAUGCCCAACAAACCCAACAAUUUAUUCCCAUAUAUAGAAUAAGUAGCUAUAGGUAAUCUUCAAUAAUUAUAUGUCUUUGGAAAUGAUUAUAAUACUCAUGAUGGUACAGGCAUAAGAGAUUAUAUUCAUAUCUUAGAUUUAGCAGAGGCUCAUGUAGUUGCAUUACAGGAGUUGAUAAAAAGAGAUGAAAAGAAGGAAAACUACUAUGAUUAUUUUAAUAUAGGAACAGGAAAAGGAUUUAGUGUGUUAGAUAUUGUUAAUGAAUAUUCAAAACUAGUGCCUAUCAAAUAUCAGAUUACAGAUAAGAGAGCUGGAGAUGUUGCCAUACUGGUUGCAAAUCCAAAUAAAACAAAAGAAAAAUUAGGAUGGGUAGCUAAGAGAGGAUUAACAGAAAUGUGCCAAGAUUCAUAUAACUUCAUAAAAUCAAAAUAAUGAUGUAUUAAUU